AGUUUUAUGGUGAAGUUUAGAAGGUGGCGGACGACGUGAAAGUGUCAGGAGUCCUCACAGUCAUGACAACAGAGCUGAAAUAUAGGCAGGAAGAAGGUUGUAGGAGUCAAGAAAUUGUUUGGACAUCAUAUUCCGUGCAAGAAAGGAAGUCGUGUGUUCGUUCCUGAGGAAACAACAAUCAAAAUGGAGAUCACAAUUUUGAAGGUUGUGAAGGCGGACCAUUUCUGGGCCAAGGAGGCCCCUGGGACACAGAUGUCGGAGGAGACCAGGCAGUUUGUACAGUUAUCCCAGCAGAUCAAUGACUACUUCAGUAUGGAUCAGACCAUGUGUGUGCCAGCACAGGGACAGUACUGUGUUGGCAAACGUCCAGAAGACAAGCUGUGGUACAGAGUCCGGGUGAAGACUAUCUUACACUCCAAACAUGGACCACAGGCUUGUUGUUUCCUGCUGGAUUAUGCAGCAGAGUGCCAAAUUCCAUGUCAUUGGUUGAGAGAAGCCCCACCACGGUUUAUGCAGCUUCCCUGGCAGGCUAAGGAGUUCCGUCUGUACGGUCUACAGCCAGUCACGUUAACCACUUCUAAAGAAACCUUCGAAACCACCAAAGAGGCCUGUAACAGGUAUGAUACCUCAGCAAACGAGUAUGUGGGCAAGCUGGUGAAAGAAUCCUCUGCUGGUGCCUAUGUGCGUGUCCAGUCUGUGGACAGCGACGGUGUCCAUCACGUAAAGCUGUACUUGAGAAGGACCAGUGGCACUGUGUGUGUGAACGAUGACCUUGUCUCAAAGGAGUAUGCUGUGUACAAUGAAGACAAGGAAGGUCCUCGCCAAGCAGCAAAGUUGGGGGCAGGAAAGACGAGUAACCUUCUUCAUAUUAUCUUUGUUUCAGUGUUGUGGUCAAGUUAAGAUUUGUGUCAACAGGUUUUGUCCAUGUUAUGUUGGCACCUUCCUUUUCUUACAGUUACAGUGCACCAUAACAAUUUACUCUAACAAACUGUUUUGCGUUUUAGGAAUUGAUUUCUAUCAGCAGAUCUCUUUGUUUGUGUAUUAUUAUUUGCUGUUUUAAGAGUCUAAAUCUUUGUCAUAUAUUGUUUUAUAUAGUCAGGAAAACUUAACAGCUGUACGUAAUACCGGCCAUAAGAUUCUUGAAAAUUUGUGUGUUGAUUACUGCACCAAUAUC